AUGUGCAGCUACGUUGAAACUCACCACCCCCGCUUUCACAGUUCAGCUCAGCACAGCAUUGCAUUCGCCAGCAGAUCAAUGACGCAUUUCACACCAGCGUUUGCCGCAUCGGCCCCGCGUCUAUCUUUGUUACGAUCAAUUUCGCUUUGCCGAGCACCACAAAUUUGUCAGAGAGGUGAGUUUGUUAAGCGCGUACGCCAUGCCACAAUCUCUCACGCAACUGGCGAUGCAGCGCGUGUUCCACGAGACGCCGCCGCAGCUGCACCGGGCAGACAAUCAACUCGACAGGCACCGACAGCAAGCUUGCUCGCCUCCGUCACCCAGGUAGCGAGUACUGGUGCGGGUAUAUUCCUGUUGGGGUUUAUCAUUUUCGUGCAUGAGAGUGGUCACUUUCUAGCCGCGCGUCUCCAAGGCAUACGAGUGAAAAACUUCUCCAUCGGUUUCGGGCCACAAAUUUUCAACUUCUCUCCUGCCAAAUCGGAAACAGAAUUUACAGUUCGUCUACUCCCGUUGGGAGGCUAUGUCGCCUUCCCUGAGCAUGCGACCAUCGACGAGGAAACAGGAGAAACAGUAGUCAGCGAUGACCCCGACCUGCUUCAAAACCGACCGCUUUUCGAUCGCGCUCUAGUUAUAUCCGCCGGUGUGAUUGCAAACGUUAUUCUGGCCUGGGGCUGUAUUUUCGCUUCGGUUUCUACCGUCGGCCUUCCUACUUACAAUUUCAGUCCAGGUGUCAAUAUUGCUAACAUCGUCGAUACACAAGGGACUGGAGCAAAGGCGGGAGUGAAAGCAGGAGACGUAAUUUUGCGUGUCGAUGGGAACGAGGUUCCAAAAUCGCUCGAUAGUGCCCGUGUGGUAGCGGAAAAGAUCAGAACGUCUGGCGGUCGAGAGAUGGAUUUCCGUAUUCUUAGGGGUGGGAAGGAGUUUGACAUGCAAAUCAGAGCCAAGUGCUGCACACCUGAAGGAAAUGCUGCCAUGGGCGUACAAUUGAUUCCGAAUGCGGAUGUCACUCGUGUUCGCCCGCCGACCGUACUGAAAUCGGUAGAAACAACAAACAAAGAAUUCUCUCGUUUGUCUAGACAAACGUGGAACGGGCUGACAUCAAUAGUUUCCAACUUCCAGAAAUCUUCACAGAACCUGUCGGGGCCCAUUGGGGUCGUCUCUAUGGGUGCGGAUUUGGCGCGCAACGACACAGCGGCUCUACUGACAUUUUGCGCCGUUAUUAGCAUCAACUUGGCAUUGAUCAACUCACUGCCCCUACCGGCUUUGGAUGGUGGGCAGAUGACGUUUCUGUUAAUUGAAGCUCUCAGGGGAGCGCCAGUCUCUUUAAGGGUUCAAGAUGCCAUUAAUCGAACUGCGUUGUUGCUGUUUUUGGCAUUUUCCGGAGUCCUUGUCUUUGGAGACCUUGAGAAACUUAACAUUUUGAGCGCUAUUCAGAAGCUUUUCGGCUAAGCCAAUUGGUUUGAUAGCGUUUUCGUUACAAGCCAACCCUGUAUUUGUAAUGAUGUGACUCAAAAUUCUUCUCGCCCCAUUCGCAUAUCACGCGAAGGAUAAUGCGGAAAUAGGAAACGCUUGAUACUGUACUGUAGAAAGGAAGGUAGCCUGCAAUGUGAUCGUAAGGGGUAGCAGAGUCGUAGGCACGGUGUAUGGCGAGAACAACAUAAAUUUACAUUUCUAGGAUGGCCCCCUC